CGGAGCGCGCCUGAUCGCCCAGCGCCGCCAUGCCCAAAGUGGUCUCUCGCUCCGUGGUGUGCUCCGACACGCGCGACCGCGAGGAAUACGACGAUGGCGAGAAGCCGCUGCACGUGUAUUACUGCCUCUGCGGGCAGAUGGUGCUGGUCCUGGACUGUCAGCUUGAGAAGCUGCCCAUGAGACCCCGUGAUCGGGCCAGAGUCAUUGAUGCUGUCAAACAUGCCCACAAAUUCUGUAACACGGAAGAAGAGGAAAAUGUUUACCUGCGCAGGCCAGAAGGCAUUGAACGACAGUACAGGAAAAAAUGUGGAAAGUGUGGCUUGCUCCUUUUUUACCAACACCAGCAGAAGAAUGCUCCAGUGACAUUCAUUGUUGAUGGUGCUGUGGUCAAAUUUGGACAAGGCUUUGGGAAAACCAACAUCUACACCCAGAAGCAAGAGCCCCCUAAGAAGGUUAUGAUGACCAAACGGACCAAAGACAUGGGCAAGUUCAGCUCAGUUACUGUCUCCACUAUUGAUGAAGAAGAAGAAGAGAUUGAAGCGCGAGAGAUUGCUGAUUCAUAUGCUCAAAACGCCAAAGUGAUCGAGAAGCAGCUGGAAAGAAAAGGGAUGAGCAAGAGACGGCUGCAAGAACUGGCCGAGCUGGAAGCCAAGAAGGCCAAAAUGAAAGGCACGCUCAUUGACAAUCAGUUCAAAUAAGAUGUUCAUCUUUGGCGAACGGAAGAAAAGCAACCCACAACAUUUUGUCUCCUUUCUGGUUUGUCCUAAGAAAUCUGGCUGCGUUCAUGAACAUGCAGCGAAUGAUCUAAGGCUGGCAAACAGGAAUGCUCUGUUUCUCUUCCAGUUUUUUCUAACUUAUUGCCUGUAUCCUAGAUUUUAAUUUUCUUUGAGGCCUUUUCAAGUUUCUGAGAAGUAUCCUGCUGUAAUUUGCUUUAUUCAGUUUUGCAAGAAGUUAUAAAAUGUAUGUGUGUUAGGAGCAUUAGCCCAUUUGUAUAGGGUUUUUUUUUAUUUGUAUAUUUUCAUAUGUAUAUAAAAUUCUGGUGAGAUAGAAACCAAUACAGAAAAAUAA